AUGAAUGAGGACAGAUACACGAGGAAAGUGUACGCGCCAGGAACCAUGAAGCAGAUUCUACGUGUCAAAAAUUACUGGAAGCUGUACUGCCGCACGGUUCUGCAGGAGGAGGACUGCAACAAAAAGACAAACAAGAACGGCGGUGCGAAACGGCCUGUGAAGGCAAAGCAGUCUCUCAUCACCUUUUGGUGCAAUUUUCGCCUCGCGUACCAAAGGGCGACCAAUAUGAAGAUCGACGCCGUGGUUGACCGUGGGUUGAUGCAUAACGGUAUCGCCGAGAUUGGCAAGUCCCUGGAACAUAACGUGCGUCCCAACCGACCAAUGACUAUCAAUGACUUGAAAACUCUCAUCAGCACAACGCUCUCUACGACGGAAAAGUCAUUUAAAACAGGGGAAUUGCGAAUCCUCUCUGUUCUCUUCCUUCUCCUUCUAGCUCCCCAGGGCUCUCGGCCUACAUCCGUGCUAUCUCUGAGAUUCAGGGAUAUCAACAUCCUCCUCGUCCGGGACCCAGGAAACCCCGAGGGGCGUCCCAGGCUUGUGAUCAGGCUGAGCUUGGAAUUCACCAAGACAUAUCUUGGAGCCAAGGCCAGGUAA